AUGAACCUGACUACAAAUUGCACGGGAAACAACUCAGUACCAGCACUGCCAUUACAGGAGUUGUUCAUUGACCCGGAUUAUGUCGUGUUCACAGAAGUGGUCAGCGUCACAUGCAGUUGCUUAUCUUUGGUGGGGACACUAGGCAACGCACUAGCCAUCAAGACCUUCCUCUCUAUGGGGUUAAGCGACGGAGUGACCGUCUCCUUCCUGUUUCUGGCCAUCAGUGACUUCAUCUACCUGAUCGCGGUCACUGCCAACUCCGUAUCCCUUUGGUUCUAUGCUGAGGAAAAGAAGGACCGCUUCCAAAAGUGGUACUCCAUCGAUCCCUUUGGGGUAUACAUCUUCUCAGCCAAUGUUGGGAUCAUGAUGUACUUGAUGACUGUGCUGACUACUACGUUCAUCGCAGUCAUCCGCUGCCUCUGCGUGGCCUUACCACUCAGGUUCAAGAACUUAUUCAACAGAACUAAAUCAACGAUAACUCUCGUCUCCUUCUUCUUUAUAACCGUGCUGAGUUACCUCCCUAUACUAAUAAACAUGAAAAUGGUCGUAGCAUGCGACGGCAACAUUAACGCCUCGAGAACUGUCCUGUGGAUCUCUUCCAAGAGAAACGAGGUCAAACAAGACGUCUGGCUGAUCAGAGACGUCUUCGUCACACUGCUGACUCAAGGCAUCAUCAUCAUCUCGGUGGCUAUUAUGAUCAGGUGCUUACGAAGGGCUUCCACUUUUCGCAAAAGACAUUCAGAAAGCCAAACAAGAAUACAAAGGCCGGAAGAUAUAAGCCUAUCUUUGCCAUCCCAACAAUCAAUAUCAACACUUUCCGAAAACUUUCCGGAAUUUGUCGAAACAAGAAAUUCUUACAGUGACAAGAACAUCUCCAAUAAAGAGGUAAUGAUAGCCCGUCAGGUUGUCUUGAUCUCCGCAGUCUACAUUGUAGCCAACAUUCCUAAAAUUGCGGUAGACUUGGGAACUUUCGUGGUACCAGAUUUUACUUUAGGCAGACGUUACCAGAACGUGUACCUCGCCAUUAUUUGUGCAAUGGAACUUUCCCAAGGAUUUAACUCCAGCCUGAACAUGAUCAUAUACUAUAAGUAUAACUCCAAGUUUAGAAAACAUUUUAAACUGAUGAGACAAAAAACGAUUAUCUAG